AUGAAGUUUGAUUACGAUCUUUUCAUGGAAAUUCUAUGCUUUUUACCUAUUGAAACUCUCUUACGAUUCAGAUGUUUGUCAAAAACAUGUUGCUCCUGCAUUGAUAGCUCAGAAUUCAUCAAUCUCCAUCUUAAUCAAUCUCUCAAAACCAACACCAAUCGCAACCUUAUUAUUCAUGAACUUGAGCCAAAGGGUUCCAUCUAUGCGAUCGAAUUAGACUCAUUAGAAUCAGAUAGAUGUCCUGUGGAGCUUCAUCGUCUCUACAAUCCUCACUUUGAUACUUUUAUGCACGGGCAUGGAAGUGAUGUUUUUGGUUCUUGCAAUGGCUUGCUUGCUAUGUAUAAUAAUGAGGGCAUAGUCUUAUGGAAUCCAGCAACUAGGAAGCAUAAAACUUUGCCUAGAUUUUGGGGUCACUGCUACGGUGACUAUGAAAUGCUGCAUGGAUUUGGCUACGAUGCUCUUAACGAUGACUACAAGUUGAUCAUUAUGAGUCAACACUACAUGGAAAACAAUAUUAGAGUUAUGGUUUACAGUUUGAAAGGUAAUUCAUCGACGAGGGUGGAAGAUCUCCUUGGUUAUUCUAUUAUUCGAACAUACGAUAAGCGUCGAUCUGUGGGUGUUCUUGCUGGUGGGUCACUGCAUUGGGUGGUUAAUCGCAAAGGAGAUGUUACAGAUAGAGUGAUUCUUGCAUUUGGUGUUGGGGAUGAGAAGUUCUGUGAGCUGCCAAAACCUCAAAUGGAAAGUGAAAAUAUUUGCUUAUAUGUGGAGGAAAUUGGAGGAAGACUGGCUAUAUGUCGGCAGUGGCCAUACUGGAUUUAUGAGAUAUGGAUCAUGAAAGAAUAUGGAGUAAUGGAGUCUUGGACUAAAUUAUUUAAUUUCACUAGUUCAACGGCAUGUCGUCAUAACCUAGUCUAUGUGAAAGCUUUAUGUUGUUUAAGAACUAAAACUGGCGAUGAAGUCUUAUUAUUGCAUGAUCAGAAUAGUAAAAAUCUGUUCUUUUUUGGUUUACGUCAGGGAAGAACUGAGAAACUUGCAACUUUUGGACUUCCACAGCAUAAUAUUUAUAGUAGAAUCUCAGCAAAUGUUUGUAUGAGAAGCCUUGCUCCAGUAAAAUUUCAAAGGAAGGAGCUCAAGAGAACAAGAGAGGAAAAGAAAGAAAAGGAACAGAGAAGGCAAAAGCAGAUUUCAUUGAAGUGA